GCAAAAGCUCGUCGGCGCACUCGAGACUCGCAUUCAGAUGCACGCGAGAGGCGGAGCAGCCGCAUACGCUUAGUGCGCAGCUCGGUUUCUGUGUCGGCAAAACGUGACCUCAUGAAGCGAAGCCGAGUGGGUGGAGAGAUAUCUGCGGUGAUAGGAUACGUGCGUAAUCUUUGAGUUCCAACAAUGACACGGAUAACGGUCACCGCUGUUUUAUCUGCUCUACUUGGCUGUCAGAACUUGUGCCGAACGCGUGCGUGGUGCUGAUCCACAUCAGCCUGGAAGAAUUUUGCUCGCGUAACACAGUCUUCUGGGAAUGGCGUUUUUCUUCGGCUUGCCGGAUUGGGUCGUUUUCCUAGUGACGGCCUUCGUACUGCUUUACGUAUACAUAACAAGGAAUCGCAACUACUGGGCAAAACAAAACGUGCCAUAUGAGAACUUGUCGCUGAUAAUCCGUCCUCUGUACAAAGUACUUACAAAGCCGAUAUGCUUGGCAGAUCACGAGAGGUACCGGAAAUACGGGCGACUAUUCGGAUACUUCGAAGGAACGAAGCCGGCCCUGAUGGUUGCGGAGCCGGAGCUGGUGAAGCAAGUUCUCGUCAAGGAUUUCAGUUUGCUACCCAACAGACUGGAAGUGAAUUUCGCGGACCCUAUUCUCAACAACAUGAUGGUCUUUGCCCGCGUGGAUCGAUGGAGGAGAAUACGACCGGCGUCUAGCCCAGCGUUUACGACUGGAAAACUUCGAAAGAUGCACGCUUUAAUCCAAGACUGCGUGAAGAUAACCUGUGAGCACCUCAGCGUCGCCGCAGAAGAGGCGAGGGACGACGACAUGAAAAGGUUUUACGGGCAUUAUGCACUUGACGUUAUUGCUCGAUGCGCCUUCGGGACCAAGCUUGAUUCGCAAGCUGACACGACCAAUCAGUUUGUGACGGCGUCCCAGAAGGCAUUCAUGAUGAAUUUCAGCCCUACACAGAUCAUAUCACUUCUUUUUCCGGGCCUGCUGGAGUCUCUGAACAUUACUGUGAAGGCUGCCAUGCGCUACGAUUACUUCAGGGAGUUGUUCCAGCAAAUUAUGGAUGAAAGAAAGAAAAAUAACAGGUGCAUAGAAGACUUUCUGCAACUAAUGAUAGAAGCGAAAGAAGGUCGUUUCGCAACAGCCGCUGCAAGUUCAGUCGACGCGGAGAGCAAGCUGUUUGACAUGGGAUCCGAAGCGAAAUCGGAGGCGAAGUCACUGUCGAACGCUCUCACCGAAGACGAAGCCUUGGCACAGUGCUUGGUGUUUUUCCUUGCCGGUCAAGACACGACAUCGUCAACCUUGGCCGGUGCCGUCUACUACCUAGCACUUAAUCCCGCAGUGCAGGAAAGACUCAGACGAGAAGUCGAUGAAUGUUUCGAGACCCACGGACCGGAACCAACCCUUGAGGUCGUUUCUAAGUUAAAGUACCUGCAUUGCGUCGUGUCGGAAGCGCUGCGGAUGCUCCCAGCCGUUCCAAGAACUCAGCGCUGCGCUGCCCAGGACUACGUCUUAGGUGACACAGGCAUCAAGCUUCCAAAAGGGUCUUCAGUGAUCGUGCCUAUCUACGCCAUGCAUCACGAUCCCGAACUAUUUCCAGAACCAGAGCAGUUCAAUCCAGAUAGGUUUAACGACGACAACGUGGAUUCUAUUCGCCCAUACACGUACCUUCCUUUUGGGGCCGGGCCGAGAAACUGCAUCGGCAUGCGCUUAGCUUUGCAGUCGAUCAAACUAUGCCUCCUGCACUCUGUGCACAGGGUUCACUUUGUACCCACCGAGAAGACAAUGGUUCCUCUGCAGAUCAGACAAAGCCUUGGUACUCUGAGAAUCGAGGGUACUGUUGUAGGAAUACGAAAGAGGUCGGACACUACCGCCUUACGUACCUCGUUUUUUCUCGGUGUGCCGCUGUCAUCUUCUCUCCCUGUGUUUGGGAUCCAGGGUGACGCAAUGGAGCUCCUAUUGAGUUUCGCUGACUUGAUCAUAUUUGUGGUUGUCGUUUGCGCCCUGCUGUACACGUACGCGUCGAGGAAUAGAAACUUCUGGAAAAAUCAGAAUGUUCCUCAUGAAGAAUUCUCGCUCAUACUUGGACCAGCUAAAAGACUGUUGUUCAAGCCGAUGCCCCUAAGUGACCAGGAAAGAUACCAGAAGAUGGGACGACUCUUUGGCGUCUACGAAGGAGGCAAACCCAAACUUGUGGUAGCUGAGCCGAAUUUGGUAAAGCAAGUUCUCGUCAAGGACUUCUACCAACUGCCGAACCGAAGAGCCCACGCUAUAUCCGACCCUAUUUUUGACAACAUGAUGGCGUUGGCGCCUCUGGAAGUUUGGAGAAAGACCCGGCCGGCCGUAAGCCCCGCGUUCUCGACGGGCAAGUUGCGAAAGAUGAAUGCUUUAAUUCAGGACUGUGCAAGGGUUACCUGUAAGCACUUAAAGGCAGCGGCGGAAAACCAGGCUGACAUAGACGUUAAGCAGUUCUACGGCCAUUACUCGCUGGACGUGAUCGCUAGGUGUGCCUUUGGGACGACGCUUGAUUCUCACUCGGACGCCACUAACGAGUUUGUGACGGAGGCUAGGAAGGCGUUUUCAGCGCGAGUGUCAUGGAAAGUUCUUUUCUUCGUGCUCUUUCCUGACCUGGUCAAGUUUCUGAAGCUUAGCAUAGCCGGAGGCGGACCCGCUCAGUAUUUCAAGGAAGUCUGUCAGCGCAUCAUCAGCGACAGGCGGGUCAAUGGCAAGCGCCACGAAGAUUUCCUCCAGCUCAUGAUAGACGCACAAGAAGGCAACCUGACAGCUUCUGAAGAAACCUCCACAGACCCGGAGAACAAGAUCUUCGACGUUGGAUCAGAUACAAAACCGGAAUCCACCAUUUCCACAAAGCGUCUCACUGAAAUAGAAGCAAUGGCGCAAUGCGUGCUCUUUUUUCUGGCUGGUUUGGAGACGACUUCCUCGACCCUUGCAUUCGCUACUUAUCAUCUCGCUUUAAACCCCGAAGUGCAGGAGAAGCUGAGAAAAGAAGUCGACGAAUGCAUGGCAGUUCAUGGCCCCGAACCGAGUCUAGAUGCCAUAUCAAAGUUAAAGUACCUGCACUGUGUUGUGUCAGAGACUCUUCGCCUGUAUCCACCGGCAGCUAGGCUCGAACGCUACGCGAUCGUCGACUACGUGCUUGGUGAAACCGGCAUCAGGGUUCCCAAAAACAGCUCCAUCAUCGUUCCCAUAUAUGCCAUGCACCGUGAUCCUGCAGUGUUUACGGACCCGGAGAACUUCGUGCCGGAGAGAUUCAAUGACGAGAACGUCAAGUCGAUAAAGCCGUACACGUACCUUCCUUUCGGAGCUGGUCCUCGGAACUGCGUAGGGAUGCGCCUGGCACUACAGUCCGUCAAACUGUGCUUGAUUCACUCCCUCCAUAACGUCCAGUUUGUGCGCACUGAGAAGACAAAGGUCCCAGUGAAGAUCAAGCUUGGUAUCGGAGUGUUGACUGCUGAAGAUUUUACGGUUGGUGUACGGAAAAGACCGACGCAGAACGUCAGCGACAAGAAGUGUGGUGUUCAGCCCGUCUGCCUUAGUGAUCAGGAAAGGUACCAGAAAUACGGACGACUGUUUGGUGCCUAUGAGAGCGGAAAGCCCUGCCUCUUCCUCGGCGAGCCUGAUUUGAUAAAAGAGGUUCUGGUGAAGGACUUCCAGCAGCUUCCGAAUAGGACACGCCAUGAAGAUUUUCUACAGCUCAUGAUGGAUGCACAAGAAGGAAGCCUUGCUUCCGACGAAGAAAGUUCAGUGGAACCUGAGGACAGGAUGUUUGACGUUGGUGUGGAGAAGCAGCCGACAUCCGCAAGCAAUAAUAACCGUCUGAGUGAAAUAGAAGCCAUGGCGCAGUGCGUGCUCUUUUUCCUAGCGGGUCAGGAGACUACGUCGACAACGAUAGCUUUUACAUCAUACCUGCUUGCUCUGAAUUCCAGCGUGCAAGAAAAACUUCGAAAAGAAAUUGACAAGUGCAUCGCCAUACAUGGCCCGGAGCCCAGCUUGGACGUCGUGUCCAAGCUAAAAUACCUACACUGCGUGGUAUCUGAAGCGCUACGCCUGUUCCCACCAGCAACAAGGCUUGAAAGGUCUGGUUACGAUGACUACGUUCUUGGCGACACAGGAAUCAAGCUUUCGAAAGAAUGCCGUGUUCUGAUUCCAGUUUACGCGAUGCAUCACGACCCGGAACUGUUUCCUGAUCCUGACACCUUUAAUCCUGAACGGUUCAAUGACGAGAACGUGGAGUUGAUUCGGCCGUAGAGUUAUCUACCGUUUGGUGAUGGACCACGGAACUGCAUUGGGAUGCGCCUCGCGCUUCAGUCUAUCAAGCUCUGCCUGGUGCAUUCUCUGCAUAUCGUUCAGUUUGUCCGCACGGAGAAUACAAAGGUUCCCUUGAAGAUUAAGAAAGGACUCGGUGUAUUGACAGCAGAAGACAUCACUGUUGGAAUACGGAGAAGACCAGAUCUACAAGCCUAG